UAUUUAUCCCACCUCCCAAGAGGUCAGGACCCUCCCUAGUCCCGAGUCUCUCUCGACCCACCAAAGCAGAAUCGGCUCGACUCGCCGAGUACACGCGACGCGACACGAAACCAAAGCGCGGACCGAACCCUACCCCUCCGCCGCGACCCCGAUCCCCCACAUCGUCGGCGAUGAGUUCCUCUUCCAACGGCGGUAAGAAGCCGGCUGCCAGCGGCGGCCGUGGGGGCCCCACCAUCCGCACGCUCUCCGACUUAAACCGCGGGCCCGCCGGCUUCCCUGGCGCCGGAGGUCACGGCAGCGGCAGCGACGACGACGAGCCCCAGGAGUACUACACCGGCGGCGAGAAGAGUGGAAUGCUUGUUCAAGAUCCAACAAGAAGAAAUGAUGUGGAUGCGAUAUUUGAACAAGCCAGGCAGGCGGGUGCUCUCCAUGGAAUGCCCCCUUUUCUUGGUGACGAGUCUUCUGGCUCUAGGAGCUUUUCAGGGACUGGCCGACUUCUUACAGGGGAGACAGUGCCAUCUGCUGCACCUCAGGAACCAGCACCAGUUCGAAUACGCCACAAUAUACAUUUGUGGAACAAUGGCUUUAGUGUGGAUGAUGGUCCACUGAGAUACUACGAUGAUCCUGAAAAUGCAGAGUUCCUUGAGAGCCUUAAGAUGUCAAAGUGCCCUAGGGAGCUGGUGCCUACUGAUGGAGAACAUGUUGAUGUUUCUGUUAUUAAAAGGAUGGAAGAUUACAGGGAACCUGUAAGGCCUCGAUCAGCUUUCCAGGGUGUUGGAAGAACCCUGGGUGGUGGACCUUCCCCAGAUGAGAGUGCAACACCUGCUCCUGCUCCUGCACCAGCGGCCCCUGCUGCUUCGAGGUCUGUUGGCAUUGUCGUGGAUGACUCCCAGCCAUUUACAUCCAUACAGCUGAGGCUGGCUGACGGCACUCGCAUGGUCGCCCGGUUCAACCUGCACCACACCGUGGGAGACAUCAGGUCCUUCAUAGACGCAUCUCGGCCUGGAGCUACAAGGCCUUAUCAGCUGCAGACAGGUUUCCCACCCAAGCAGCUGGCUGACCCAAUGCAGACCGUGGAGCAAGCUGGGCUGGCGAACUCGGUUAUCAUGCAGAAGAUGUAAUGCUUCGGCAAUCUGGGGAACUCGGAUGCGUCAUACUGCAUCUUUUGAAAACUGUCGUAUUAUGGUUGAUCAUGUUAUCAGAUACUGGUUUGGCGCAUCAUUUAUCGUUACAGUAGCAUCUGAUGCCUCAUUGUGAGCUUAAGAGUUUAUAAUUCAUCUAUGAACUGAAGUAAUGCUUUCUGAUCUACAGCAGAUACUUAGUGCCGAGUUAAAGUUUACACGUCUGGUCAUAAUGAACAAUCGUUGCUUGCACGACUUGUUUUCAUUUCUCAUGUUAUGGCGUUAUGUUAUUUUGUGUUGACAUGACCACUUCCUUGCUUCCUUGUAAGUUGAAGCACAAUUUGCAACAUAAAGUCAGUCUUAAUGGAGAAUUUUA